GUCGCCGCGCUGGGAGUGUAUGGUUUUUCGUGCUGCGAAAAUUUGCAUCCGAAUGAAUACGAAUGAAUAGAGAUACAAAGACGAAGAUAAGGGAAUAAAAAAUAAAAAAAAAAAAAUAGAUUACCGUUGAAUAGUGCAAAUUCUAUAAAAGUAUCAGGAAUCGAUGCUUCUAUUCGAUUUGAAAAAAUUAAUAGAAGAUAGUGUCGCAUUGAAAAAAAAAUUUUAAAAGAAAAUCUCAUGUAUUUUUCACUAGCUUCCUAUCUUAUUUUUCUAAUCUCACUUUCUUGUGUAACAUACGUAUAGAUCUUCGUCCUCGUUCAAAAGGGAUCGUCGAAGGAUUCGUUAGCUUGUCGGGUGGAUCCUUGAGAGGUCGCGAAGUGGUAGCGAUUAGGCGGUGACGUCUUUGGGACCAGUCACGUCUUUCUUAAUCCUGCAGUUGCCUUCCCAUCAGGGAUGACGGUUUUCGGUGAAUAAUGUACUUAACAGUCGAUCAUAACGGUCGAACGAGGGGGUAGCCACGGUGGAAGGAAUAGCUUGUGAAGAAAAGGCAAAGAUAAAGAGGAUAGUAGAGCGAAAAAAGGAGAGAAAUAAUAAUUGUUAUGGACACCGACGUAACGUACGAGCGAGUUCGUAUCGUUCGAGGAGGCGGGAAUCCGUCGGUACAAGAAACGAACGACACGCGGCCUGGAGAAAUCGAUCGCCUCGAGUUUUCAACAAGUUGUAAAUCGAGAAACCGCCAUUUGUACGGUUCGCGAAGAGCUAUGCGGUGAAGAAGUGUCGCGAGUGCGUGUCUCGCGGUCGGGACACGAAUCUAACGUGUUUUCUCAGUUUUCGUUUCUUUCUUUUGUUUUUUUUUUUUUCUUUUUUUAUUUCCUUCCAGAUAUAUUCUCGUUCUUCGUAUGAUCCACGAAGGAUUCGAUAAACCGUGUAUUCGUGACUCACGUCGUGAAGUAUCGAUCGAAUCGGCGAGUGAUUCGCGAAAAUAUUUUCGGAAGUUCCUUUCUUAAACGAACGGUUUCGCCGAGAGAUUCUCAAGUGAGUGAUUCGUGCCACCGUAGGUCUAUACUGCGACGUUUCAAGAUCGAGGAAUGGAUUCGUUCUUGUGUCAGAACAUUUUAAUCAGUCAAUAUAAUUGGAUAGGAUUUCAUAAUCGAUAUUAGGUUCGCGAAGACGAGGAAAAAAAGGGGAUUGUGAACUAGCAAGGACGACGACAAUGAGAAGUAAGAAGUGAAGGAUCACGAGGGUGAGAAAAGAGGAGAGUGCAAGCCUACUGCAUCGGUGGAGUGUUCGAGUCACAGGAAGUGCUCUGAAGAGAGAAAAAAAGAGAGAGAGAGAAAAAAGAGAGGGGGAGAGACAGAGAGAGAGAGAGAGACAGUAAGAGAGAGACAAAGAGAGAGAAAGAGACAGAGAGAUAGAGAGAGAGAGAGAGAGAGAGAGAGAGAGAGAGAAAAAAGGAGAUUGUUGAAAGAGUUGACUGACGAAAAGUGGUGGUGGGUGUUAGUGGGGUGAGAAGGGAGAGGGUGGAUUGGGUAGAAACUGGAGGGUAGUCUCGCAAAAGUGAAGGAAAAGUGAGAGGGCGAAGAGGGACGCGAAGAGUUAUUCCAUUUUCUUCUAUUCCUUCGCUCUAGUUGUGCUGGGAGUAAAAAAAAAGAAGAGAGAAAGAAAAAAGAUAGAAAAGAAGAAAGAAAGAAAGAAAGAAAGAUAACGAAAGAAAAUUCGAAAAGGCGAAGAAGUCGUGUCGGGGUCACGGACGACGACGCCGACGCGUUGGACCGACUACGUCGAGAUGCCACCAGAUGAGAUGGCCGUCUCCGUCGUUCUCUCGUUUCUUCUCACCCUUUUCCUCGUCCCUUGUCGCGCGAGGAUAACCAAUCAGGAGAUUGUGACAAUGACGGAUGUAGAAGCAGUGGCAGGUGGAAAUGCUAAGUUGCCAUGCGACGUGGAACCACCGGUCUCCGGGGACAAGCUACAUCUAGUUAUUUGGUACAAGGAGGAGUCAGACACACCUAUAUACAGUUUCGAUACGAGAGGACGAAGUACAUUGGAACAAGGAAAACAUUGGCAGGAUGUGAGUCUCGAAGGACGUGCCUCCUUCCGUCAUUCUGAGGAACCGGCUAAACUCACGCUGGAGAACGUUCGCGAGAGCGACGCGGCCGUUUACAGAUGCCGGGUUGAUUUUAAACAGUCACCUACAAGGAACAGCAAAGUCAAUUUUACGGUCAUCAUACCACCGGAACAACUUAGCAUAUUGGAUGAAGACGGAGGAUCUCAUAUUCCCCAUUACAUUCUUGGCCCGUACAGUGAAGGAGCAUCUCUCAAUAUUACCUGCGUCGCCGCCGGCGGUCGACCACCGCCACGAGUGACGUGGUGGCAGGAGAAUGCCCUCUUGGACGACACUUACGAGAGUGUAGGUACUAAAAGAGUACGAAAUGUUCUAAGACUGGAAAAACUUAGUCGUAAACAUUUGCAUACGAUUUUGACCUGUCAAGCAUCGAACAACAACAUGGUCGCACCGAUAUCCAGCUCGGUUACUCUCAACAUGAAUCUGAAGCCACUGUUGGUUCGUAUGCAAGGAGAAAACCGUCCAUUUAGUGCCGGUACCACGUACGAGAUAGGAUGCGAGGUUGUCGGGGCCAGGCCACCGCCGAAAAUCACCUGGUCCAAAGGGAGCAUAGCGCUUAGGACUACAAGACAAACGGUGAGUCCCGACGGCAAUACGACGACGAGCAUGCUAACGUUCGUGCCGAGCAUCGAAGACGCCGGAAAAUUUCUCUCCUGCAAGGCCAGCGUACCGGAUAUCACGGAUCCAGAAAUGGAAGACGGAUGGAAGCUCGACAUAUAUCACGAACCCGUGGUUACCCUAGAAUUGGGGAGCAAUCUGAACUCAAGCGCAAUCCGAGAAGGAAUCGACGUUUACUUCGAAUGCAACAUCAAGUCGAAUCCUUGGGUUUACAAGGUUUCCUGGCGGCAUAACGGCAAUCCACUGUACCACAACACGGCAACUGGCACGAUAAUAAGUAAUCAGAGCCUGGUGCUUCAGAGCGUGACACGUAGCAGAGCCGGCAUCUAUACCUGCAUCGGUAGUAAUCAAGAAGGCGAUGGUGAGAGCAAUCCUCUCAAUUUAGACAUCAAAUUUGCUCCGGUUUGCCACAUUGGACAGACGAAGGUAUUCGGUGUAGCUCGACAAGAGACCACGAAGAUCCCCUGCGAGCUUGAGGCUAACCCACCGGAAGUCUCGUUCACCUGGAAAUUCAAUAAUACGAUGGAAGCUGUCGACAUAGCCCAGGCACACGUCACAAGCGUUGGUACUCACUCGACAGCUUCCUAUACUCCCAUGACCGAAUUGGACUAUGGUACUUUACUUUGCUGGGGUAACAACGAUCAGGGCACUCAACUCGAGCCUUGCGUCUAUCAUAUCGUUCCAGCUGGUCGUCCCGACAUGCCACACAAUUGUUCGAUUCUAAAUCAAACCACAGAUUCAUUUUACAUCGAAUGCAUCGACGGUUUCGACGGCGGACUUCCUCAAAAAUUUACGAUUCGAAUAGAUCGAGAGAUAUCUUCAAGCGGUACUAAAUCGACAACUACAAUCUACAAUCAAACUAGCAAAGCUGCUUCCUUCGCUAUAACCAAUCUCGAGCCUGGCACCACCUAUGAAAUACAAAUUUAUGCGAGCAACACAAAGGGUAACAGCGAGAUCGUUCACUUUUCGGCCACAACCUUGAACCUGCCGGAGAGAAGAACAGCAGGUGAGAGGCUGGCUCGACCACCGUCCCCGGAGAAUUGCACGAUCAGAGAAGAGAGCAGAACAACGGUGAGGGUGAGCUGUGCGGAGAGCGAGUACUUCGAUGCGAACACGGCGACCUAUGUUCUUCAAGUCUACGAUGCCGACACGAGACAUCUCUUGGGUUCAGCGACUAGUUUGACGCCUAGCAUGCUCGAGGUGACAAAUCUACCAAUGGAAAGGAGCCAUGCAGGACUCGUUCUCUCUUUGAGGGUUAUGACGGCACAUGCUACCAGUGACGCUACCGUUCUACACAGCCCAAACUUUGUUCAGGAGGGUAAAACGCAGGAGCAUCAACGUUACCCAGCUUUGACUCCAGUGAUGCUGUCGUUGUCGGGUCCAUUGUUAGGUGCAGUAGUAGGUGCUACAGCUGGUCUUCUAUUAGUGAUAUUCGUGAUCGUUCUCGCUGUGAGAUUGCGUUAUCGACCUCGCCCACAGGAGGACAAGGAUUCCCAUGACGAUGGUGGUAUGGCGAAUCUCGCUGCUUCCGGUGGUACAACGACUUCGUCGCCACGAGACAAAUCAUCCGUCUUACCUCUAAGUGCUGACAGCAUUGAAAGUUUUGAAAAGGAUCCAGACAUAAUAUCUCAUACGAAUGAAAGUUCUUACGUGGAAAUGUGCAAAGGUACGUCGCCGCGUUACGUGAUACAACCAAAACGAGCUGACGCUUCUACAUUCACGAACAAUGGCUCGGAAUUGACGUAUGCCGAGUUAUCACUACGGAACAAUAGGCGAAUACCUCCAAAUUGCUAUCAGUCGGUACAGAUGUCGACCCUUCAGAGACCUCAAAUAUUACCAAUGUCAACUGUGAUACGAAGACAAGCGAUGCAACAAGAACCAACUAUCUACACCCAAAUAGCAGGACAUUCGAAAUCCAUUUACGUCCCACCACCACAUGCCUACAUGAAUCGAGGUAGCGACGAAUCGACGGUGGAAACUCCAUUAAUCGGACACGACAAUAAGAUCACAACGAUCAGCCAAUCAGGAAGCUCAAUAUGGCGAACCGAUACACCUCCUCCCAUUAACGCACCAACAACAUGAUUUCGUGCGAGCAUGCUUAUAACCUGGUAUCGAGCCCAAAAGUUUCUCAAUGUACCCAAAAAAAGGACACACAUCGAAUUACGUACGCGUUGAACGUUCGGCCGCGUUCUAAAAAUGAUUUUAGAAAAGUUUUAGACGCGCCUUAUAGAGACAAAAAGACUAUAUCGACGACGACGACGAACGAUGAAAGUAAUGGAAAAAGCUAGCACUAGAAAAUUUCUAUACUUAAUCACAGGAAUGAUUUCUCUUUUCUUUUCUUUUUUUCUUCUUUAUAUUUUUAUAAUUAUCGAAAUUAAGAAAAAAAAAAAAAGAGAAAUAGACGAAAAAAAAUAUGCGUCUAUUCAAUAAAAAAUAGACAAUAGUAUCUUCAAUAUGGACGCCGGACGCCAUUUUUACUAUUAAAAUUAUCCAACCACAAAUACAAUUUAAUUGCUUUCAAUACUAUCCUGAAACGAAAAAUUUAAUUCGAUAAGAAUUCAAAUACCACAAAAACAACUAGGAAAUUAAAUAUUAUUAUAAUAUUUAAUGUUAUUAUUUGUCCAAGUAUAUAUCGAAUUGAUUUUUUAGAAAAGAUUGAUUUAUUUAAAAAAGUAAAUCAUAGACGCGAAGUAUAAAAAUGAAUAUAACGAAAAAAUAUGCAUAUAUACAUAUACAUAUACAUAUACAUAUAUAUGUCUGUGUAUGUGUGUGUAUGUGUAUACAGUCAAUCAUUUUGAAACGAGCUUCUUUUUCCAGCCGUCCGUAUGUCGACAUGUCGUACGAAACGUCGAGAAUUUAAAGAAAAGAAACACGAGACGAUCGGUUUGAUUAAAAAGUAUGACUGAUUUCCUAUGUUGUUUCUUUCUCUUAUCGAUACAUACUAAAGAAAAAAAAAAAAAGAAAAAAUGAAAGAAAGAAAGAAAAAGACAAAAAAUAUAAAUAUAUAAAUCUAUUGAUGUUCAGAAAACAUAGAUUACAAACGAAUAAUUAAAAAUAAAGAUAAAAAGAAAAAGAAAAAAGAGAAAAAAAGAAGGAAAGGAAAAAAAGGAAAGCGAAUUUAAUUCAAAAUAAUCUAAUCGUAAACCAGAGGCGUAUCAAAUAUAGAGCAAAUAGGUUCUCUAGUGCUCUAGGAUGUGUCAAUACUAUGGUAGGGGGGAAAGAGAGGAGAUCCAAAAAAACUAAGAAAAAUAAUAUUUGUUGAAGAAAAUUAAUAUCGAGAAAGCUCGAUAAGAAAUAAAUUGGAAAGAAGCAAAGUCGUAAUAUUAUUCAGAAAAGAGAUAAGAAAUGAUUGGAAUAAUAUGAAUAUAUUGGAGGUGCUGAGUAAGGUAGGAGGGAAAUAAGGGAAUUGUCGCGACCUCCGCGUUAACACCUAGGCAUAGUUUACGUUACAUACGCCUCUGUCGUUAACGAAUAAUAUCUAAGAAGAACAAUAAUUUUUUAUUUCAUCGUCGUAAAUAUUCGAAAGAAAAAUUCGCAUUAAUAUCGUUGAAAGUAUUUUAUCGCGAAAUAUCUCUUUCGGUUUUUCAAAACGUUGCGAUAAAAUAAUUAAAAUCGAGUUUAAACAAAUCAAGGCUAAUCUUUCUUGUUGCUAUAAAUAUACAUAUACAUAUAUAUAUAUAUAUAUUAUUUAUUGUUAAAGGAGAAAAUAAAUUUAUGAAAGAAUUUGACUUCUCGAUAUUAGAUAUCGUUGAUUCGAGUCUUGACUUUCGAACAUUUCGAAUGCAAAAAAGAAUGCAUGUUUCUUCUUAUUUUUCUGCACCUCAAAUAAUUCGCCAUUAUGUGAUAUAAAGGAUACGCUCGUUAAAUGCCAUCAAAUAACAAUUUACAGAUAUAUCGAGUUAUAAUCGUGAAACGCCAAGACGAUGAAUGGUUAUAAAACCAUUAAAGUACUCAUCAAUUUCGUUGCAAUUUGCACAAUUUGUCAAGAAGACUGAAAAAUGAAAGAGAGAAAGAAAGAGAGGAGGAGAGAAAGAAUGAGAGAGAGAGAGAGGGAAAAGGAGGAAGAGAAAGAGAAAAAAGAAAGAGAAGGAAACAGAUAUACAAAAACAAAUCGACAAAUCGUGUAAGGAGUAUAAAAAUGAUUAAAUAAAUAAAUAAUUAAAUAAAAAGGAGAUGUGAACGAGCGUAACACGCGGAAUGUAUAUUACUCGUACGUGCCAUAAAGUAAUUAAUUAUUCGAAUGUGGUGUUACUCGAACAACUUUAGUGUUAUAUUGUACAUCUAAAUAGUAUAAAAUUUAGCGCAGUACGUGUUUAAAGCGACAGUUAUGAGCAUUCUCUCGUUUAUUGAAAGAUAUAUAGACGUAUGAAUGAUUACGUCGAUAUCGAUCGAAAAGAAUUGAUAUGUCGGUCGGGAAAAAAGAAAGGAAGAACAAAAAAUAAAUAAAUAAAUAAAGGAACAGUUUUAUUCGUACUUAAGAAAUUCAAAUAUUAUAUUUUUAGGAAGAGUCGUGUCGACGGUUACUUUUAACGCCGAGACUAAAGGACAAAAUAUCUCAGCGUGAAAGUAUAUGAAUACGACGCCUCUCGUCUCUCUAUUAAUACUUUUUAACCUUCUUUCAUUAUUAAAAACAAAAAAAAAACAAAAAAAAAAAAGCAAAAAGGAAGAAAAAAUAAAUAAAUAAAA